AAAAAAAUAAUAAUUUCAAAAAAUUUAUUAAUAAUGAGAGCUUUUGUAUUACUUUCGUGCUGUUUGGCAUUUGCUGCUGCUCGUCCUGAGCCUCCAAGUGGAUAUAACUAUAACCGUCCAAGUGGUGGUCAUGGUGGUUCAUCAAGUGGUGGACAUGGUGGUUCAUCUGGAUUCGGUUCAUCUGGAUCUGGAUUCAGUGGUAGUUUCGGAGGUGGCUCAGGAUUUGGAGGUGGAUCAGGAUUCAGUGGAUCAUCUGGAUUUGGAUCAUCAGCUGCUGGAUUUGGUGCAUCAGGUGCUGGAUUCGGUGGUUCAGGAGCUGGAUUCGGUGGACAAUCAAACGUUGGUGCUAUUGUACAGAAGCACAUCUAUGUCCAUGUUCCACCACCAGAGCAAGAAGAACUCCGUCCACAACGUGUCAUCCCAGUUGCCCCAGCUCAAAAGCACUACAAGAUUAUCUUCAUUAAGGCUCCAUCUCCACCAGCAUACCAAGCACCAAUCAUCCCAGUCCAACCACAAAACGAAGAAAAAACUCUUGUCUACGUCUUGGUCAAGAAACCAGAAGAACAACAAGACAUUGUCAUCCCAACACAAGCACCAACACAACCCAGCAAACCAGAGGUUUACUUCAUCAAGUACAAGACACAAAAGGAACAAGGUGCUGGAAUUGGUGGUGGUAUUGCUGGAGGUAUUGCCGAUGGUGGAUCAAUUGGUGGUUCAGACUUUGGUAGCAGUGGUGCAGGUGGUGAUUUUGGUGGUCAUGGAGGUUCAUCAUUCGGUGGUUCAAGCGCAUCAGGUAGCUCAUUCGGUGGUUCAAGCGCAUCAGGUAGCUCAUUCGGAGGAUCACACUCAAGCGGUGGCUCAUCAUUCGGUGGAUCACACUCAAGCGGAGGCUCAUCAUUCGGUGGCUCAAGCGGUGGUAUCCAAACCUCAUACGGACCACCAGGACACAAAUAAAUUAAUCUACAGCCUCAAAAGCGUGUCUAGUCUUCUCUUGUUAUAAAAAAAAAAUUGAUAUGAAUCACAUACUCACUCAUACACCACCCACAUACUGACAAGGUAUGUCCCUCCAUACUCGUUCCUCUUUAUCAUUCUCAUAUUUCAUUUUAAUUUAUUAUUUUGUGAGAUUUUAAGUUGUUUUGGUUUAUUAUAAAUUGAAUGAAAUUGAAAAGAGGAAAUGAGACUUGGAAACUCUCGCUUUCAUUCUAUCCAUUCACGUUAUUGUUAAAGACGACUCACAUAUCCAUAUAGAACAAAUUAUAAUUUCAAUUCUAUUACCUCUCGAAACAUUGAGUGAACCAUUUUUCAUGUAACUUUUGUAAAUAAUUUUCACAUCUGUUGUCCAUUAAGACAUCCAAUAUCAUUUGAUGACAGAACUUGAAAAAUUUUCACUCAAAAGCUUUUUCCUUUCCUUCUUCACAAAACCUUUACUUUUACCAAAAAAAAAAAGAUUAAAAUGUUUUGUUUUUUCCUUCGAAACAAAUCACGAUGACGAAAACAUAAGCAAAAAUGGACUCAAUUCUCAAAAAAAAGAACGAAUCAAUUAAAUAUGUAGGAAAAUUUUUAUAAAUGAAUGAAAGAAGAAACUCUCUCGUUAGGUUAAAAAAAAAGAGUAUAGAAUGAAAGAAAAAAAUUGAAAAACAUAAAUGUUGUUAGAUUAUAAACAAAUGCCUUAAUUUUAUUAAUUAAUUUUAAGUCUGCAAGAAUAAAACGGUGACAAAUUAA